GCCCCCGCAGCGCGCAGAGCAAAAGCCCCGGCGCUCUUCUGGAAACACCUUUUCUCUCCCCCUUAAAAAAGCCAAGUCCCAGGCCGGGGCCUACUGCGCUUGAAACCACCUUAACAGAGCUCCUCCUUCUCUGGAGGCUGGGGGUGAAUCUGGCAGGACUAGGCAGUGGUGUUACCAUGACGAACAUUUUCUUAAGCUUCCACGGCUCAGUGCAGAAGGGACUCAACUCGCGGAGGGUUAAACAGACGGGGGGGAAAAAAAGAAAGCGAGGCGUGCUGUCUGAGGGACCGUCUGUUUCCUUAGAGUAGACGCCGCAGAGUUUUAAGAUCCCCGACUCGAGCCCUUUAUAGGACGAGCAAGUCAUUUUGCCCCUUCUCCGGCUCGUGGCUUGUUCUAAACUUCAGGAGGAGGUCGGCAGAAUCGGAAAUCGAGUAGCUCUCCAAGGUUUCCCCUCCCCUUCCGUCCUCCCCUUAUGGAAAUCCAGAGGGGUUUCCCAGACUGUGGAAGCCUGGAUUACUGGAGGUGGAGGGAAAUCAGUGGCACUCGUCGCUGCCCGUGAGUCGCCGCGAUCGCGCAAAAGCCGUUGCUCCGGUCGCUUGCUCGCUGCACGCUGUUCCCGAGGCCGUCAACUUGGAGCUGCGGCUGGGUGGAUUGUCUGCUUGUCUAGAAAGAGCCCCUUCCUGUCUGCUCGUCUCCCACUCCAGGGGCAACCGCAAACCAGUUUUGGUUGAAGACGGUAUCCAGGGAACCCAUUUCUCUCUCUGGGAGAUGCCUGCUGGUUGUUGCUAAGGUUGCUUCCACAGUAACAUGUGCAUCUUGUUUACACCUUCAACGGAAGAAGUUGAGCUUGGCUAGUUCCACUAGUGUCACCUGGGGAGCAAGAGAAGGAAGUGCUGGUUCUGCAGUCUUGCAAUCUUACACUAGAUCCUCUUUCCUCCCUGAGGAGUUGUGUCUAGUCCCCUACCAAACACUGCACUGGACUGCAUUUCAUGUGGAGCUCCAAAAGUUGGAUUGCCUGCUCUGAUUUUAUAGAGGAAAAAGAUCUAGAGGUGAAAAAGGAGCAUACAACUUGUUCUUGGGCUGUUUCCUCACUGAACCCACUCUCUUGUUGUCAAGAUGACAAAUAACUCUGCAGAUCAUCAUCCUGGGAACUCUGUUGCAGAAGGCAGCUAUGAAGGGGACUUUGGCUGCUCUGUUAUGGACCUACGGAAUCUUAUGGAGCUUCGCAGUGCGGAGGCAGUGACCCGAAUAAAUGAUACCUAUGGGGGAGUGCACAAUAUUUGCAAGAGGUUGAAGACCUCACCAGUUGAAGGCCUGUCUGGGAACCCAGCAGAUCUAGAAAAAAGAAGACAAGCAUUUGGCCAGAACUUCAUCCCACCCAAAAAGGCGAAGACCUUCCUGCAGUUAGUUUGGGAAGCAUUGCAGGAUGUCACAUUAAUCAUCUUGGAAAUUGCAGCCAUAAUUUCUCUGGGUCUCUCUUUCUAUCAUCCUCCUGAUGGCAACAAUGAAGGUGAGUGA